AAACCUCGCUGCUCUCGACCUCGCUGGGCUACUCUUGGCUUCUUCUUAUGUCAAGAGAAGCCAGAUCAAGAAUACAGCUGCAACUGACUAGACACAAUAGCAAGUCAGGAUUGCAGUAACGUUUGAACCAUGAGCAUCUACGAGAGAUGUUCAAGCAUAGGUACAUUCCACAGCUUUGGUCCGGUCGCGGAGCUUUGAUCAGCUACUGCUUGCCGGCUUCGGAGAGGUGGCUUUUUCACUUGGCUUUUUAUCAGAUCAAAUGAUCAGAUAUUUUGGCCAGCCCUCGAACUUUAAUGCUCCUACUCAUUCUCCACGGAGGUAUAUCCCAACAAUCCCUCGCGAGAACAAGACUCCAAGCCACCCUCGAAGCGAUGCGGCGCAGUCAGCGUUGCUUUUUUGCGCUUAGUGCCUUCUACUUGCAGUUAGACUUGGACUUGGCGACUCUUGGACGACCGAGGAAUCAGAUCACUUGGCACGGAUUAUGUACUUCAAGUCGAGAGGGAGGACCGAUGGAGGGCCGAUGGGGCUGGACUAGAACACUUUGUUGACGUUCUGCUCGCUAAGUUUACCUAGCAGAAACCCGUUAUUUAUCCUAGGGGCAUCUCCCAUCUAAUCUGAUCGUGACUUUACUCUAUUUCCCACUCAGCUUCAUCAGCAACCCGUCUUUCGUACUAUAUUGGGAUAUUGGGAGCAAGGACACCCGAGUAUCAAUAUGGAUCGCGACCUCAAGCGAGCAGAGGCUGGCGAAGCCUCCUCUGGAGACGAAGCCGCCCCUCCCUAUGCCCUUCAAGACAUCAAGCUUAUCGGCAAAACCAGCCCCGGCGUCCAGCGCAUGGAAGCUAUCUCCAAGCACAUCACAUUCAAGGAUCGAAUACUGCUAUUCAUUACAAUCUUCGUCUUGGCAUACGCCUAUACCCUUGACAACACUCUGAGAUACACUUUCCAGACAUAUGCAACUGCUAGCUAUGGACAGCACUCCCUCCUUGCCACAGUCGCCGUGAUCAGAGGUGUCGCCGCUGCUGCCGGCCAGCCUACCGCUGCCAAAAUCGCUGAUGUUUUCGGUCGUGUGGAGCUGCUGAUCCUAUCGGUCGUCUUUUACAUCGCCGGCACUGUCCUCGAAACAUUCUCUAACAAUGUCCGGGAGUUCUCCGCUGGUGCCGUCCUGUUUCAAAUUGGAUGGACGUUGAUGUCUUUGCUCAUCGAGAUUAUCAUCGCUGAUACCACGUCGCUGCGCUCGCGAUUGUUCUUCUCGUUCAUUCCAAAUAUGCCUUAUUUGAUCAACUCAUGGAUAUCUGGAAACAUCGCAGCCAGAAUCGUCGACCCGUUGAAUGACCCUACUGGUGCGGGAGCCGGUGGCAGCAUAGGAUGGCGUUGGGGCAUUGGCAUGUGGGCAAUCAUCGUCCCAGCCUUGACCAUCCCCUUGGUGGGUGCCCUCUUCAUGGCACACCGCCGCGCAAAGAAGCACGACGACCUGUCGAACUUUCGUACUCCCUAUCAGAUGCUAGGCCCGCUGAAGCUCGCUGUCGCGCUGUUUUGGCAACUCGACGUCAUCAGCAUCAUUCUGAUCGUCGCUGCACUGGGGUGCCUUUUGGUGCCAUUCACGCUCACCGACACUUCCUUUGCGGGCGGUCAACAAAGCUGGGUGCAGGUCCAUAUCCUGUUGCCACUGAUCCUGGGAGUGCUACUCUUCCCUGUCUUCCUCUGGUGGCAGACCAAGUCGCCGCACCCCAUGGUGCCUUUCAAACUCGUCAAAGAUCGUGCCGUAUGGGGUCCGCUGUGCCUGGCACUCUUCAUCAACUUCUCGUGGUACCUGCAAGGGGACUAUCUCUAUGCCAUCUCCACCAUUGCCUUCGGCCAGUCUGUCCUUUCUGCCCAGCGAAUCGGCACACUCUUCAACUUCUGCUCCACCAUUACAGGAAUUAUUUGCGGCCUCGUAGUGCUCAAAGUCCGCAGACUCAAACCCUUCAUCUUUAUCGGUUCAAUCCUCUACCUCAUCUCCUUUGGCCUACUGAUCCGAUUCCGAAGCAACGAAAGCGGAGGCGUAUCCGGCCUCAUCGGCGCCCAAGUCCUCCUCGGUAUCGGAGGCGGCCUCUUUCCCUACCCUGCCCUCGCCAGCAUCCAAUCCGCCACCCAACACGAACACGUCGCCAGCGUGACAGCUCUCUACCUCGCCCUGUAUAACGUCGGCGGCUCCUUCGGUGGAGCCGUCUCCGGCGCCAUCUGGACCAAUACCUUGCAAGAUGCCAUGUUCAACGCCCUCUCCGAAAUCUCCAACAACGCCACCGAAAUCACUGCGGCCAUGUACGCGAACCCAUACGUCACUGUGGUGGAAUACCCCAUUGGCACGCCCGAGCGUAGUGCCAUUAUUGAUGGGUAUCGGCAUUCGCAGAAACUACUCACGAUCACGGGCUUGUGUCUGUGCUUGCCUAUUAUUUUAUUUGGAUUGUGUACUCGCAAUCCGAGAUUGCCUGAUACACAGAGUAUUGCGACGGCGGAAAUGCAGGAUGAGAAUUUGGUUGCGGAUGAUCGGGGGAAUAUUACGAGAGUGGAAAGUGUGGAUGCGGGGAAUAGGGGGAGCAGGAGCUGGGGGCGGAAGGUUGUGGAUUUUUUGUUGAAGUAGGAAAAUUAUGAUGGUUAUAUUUAUAUAUGUUCCUUGCUUACCUAGUACUUAUUAUCAUAGAGAGGAUGAGGAUGAGAAUGAGAAUGAGAAAGAGCACGGGAACGAUGAUUUUUGAUGUUGGAAGAAACGUAUUUAGAAACGGUAUAUAGUUACAUAUAUAC